AUGUCCACAAUAACCACCACCAAAAGUACUGCUACAACAGUACUUCGGCCUCAUCUCGAAGCCCUCCAGCGAGAUGGCUUCGUCGUUGUCCGCUCUAUUCUUCCUCCAGACCAAGUCGCCGUGCUCCGUGAAGCCGCCGCCAAGGUGACCUCGAUGACACGGUCUGGUCAGUGGCCGUAUCUACGAUCAGUGCCCAAGCAAUUCCCCCCUUGGCCAAACACACCUCCCCCAUCGUCUGAGGGCGGUAUUUGGGGGGUGCAGCAUUUGAUGCACCCUGAAAUGCCAGACCGGGAAAAGUUUAUCAAGGCGUAUUUCUCUCCACGAAUUCUUGCCGUGGCCGAGGAAUUACUCGGCAUAUCUGCGAAUGAAAUACACGACGAGGAACUUCUCGUGAUGGAACUCUUCAAUCUCCUAGUGGCACCUGAAAACAAAGCGUUUGAACUGCGCUGGCACCGCGACGAUGUGCCUGAAUCGGUCAGUGCAGAGCGUGAGUUCGAGUUGCUCCACCAGAAGAGCCCAGAAGGAAAGCAGUCGCAUGCACAAUACAACCUUGCCCUGUGCCCAGAUGCGUCUCUCAUUGUGAUACCUGGAUCACAUCGGCGCGUGCGAACUGAAAGCGAACGUGCUGCCGAUCCGUACGAGGCAAUAUUGCCAAACCAACUUAUUGUCAAGCUUGAACCAGGUGAUGCUGUCUUUUACGAUAGCAACAUCCUGCACCGCGGCAUUUACCAGCCCAAGGUUGAAGGCGGCGAAGAGACUCGGCUAACAUUGCACGGCAGCUUGGGACUAAAGGACAUUACGAAUGCAGACAACAAAGUUCGUGCAACAGCGGUACUGCAGCACGGCAUUGGCUUCUGGGUAGGCCGCGAUGAUGCUACGUUGGGGGUUGGCGAGCGUGCUGAGAAGAUGCGGCGCAACCUGAUUAGUUUGGGCCGGGGUGAGAAUGUCGGAUACUCUUUGGAGGGCUGA